GAAACAUUUGUCGUGCGCUUGUGCGUGUGUGUUCGUGUUUGUGUAUCGGCGACUGUGCGUGCUGGAAUUAAAAUCUGCAAUUGGGCACAGUCCAUAUUGGCAAUAGAUUUCGCAUAUAGCAUCCGAUUUCGAGCGUCAUCAUGUCAAAGCAAUCGUCACUUAUAUUGCUACUGCUAAUCGCUCUGGUUGCGCAGGAGACCGCUAAAUGUGUAACGGUCGCGCAAGAUUUGCCCGAAAACUUCCUGAAAUGUAAGCGCGAUGCAAACUUCGACAAGUGUCUUGUGGAUGCUGUGAAUCAUGCGAUUCAAUUGCUUAAAAGUGGCAACAAAGAAUUCGGCAUUCCGCCACUAGAGCCGCUGUCCGUGAAGAAACUUGUUAUAGACGCCGGUAACGCACCCAUAAAUCUUCGUCAAACCUUGAAAAAUGUGAAGGUGCAUGAUAUGAUUUCGACUAGUAAGAUUCAACGAUAUAGAACCGAUUUGGAUAAGCAUCUAAUAAUCUGUGAUAGCAAAACAGACCGCAUUGAAAUGAUAGGUGAUUACGAAAUGUCUGGUCGCAUUUUGUUACUGCCUAUUACAGGGCAUGGUAACUCCAACAUAACUCUUGUGAAUACAAAGAUUGAACAUCGUCUGAUUGGAGAACCCUUCGAAAAGGAUGGUGUGAAAUAUAUGCGACUUAAGGAGUACCGCGUUAACAUGGAACCCAAACGUGUAUACUUGCAAUUUGAGAACCUUUUCAAUGAUAAAACUCUGUCUGAAGGCAUGAAUCGUUUCCUAAACGAGAACUGGGAGACGGUAUUUACUGAACUGAAGGUUGGCUACUCCAAAAGUUUUGGUCUGGUUUUUAAAGAGCUGUCAAACAAAAUUUUCGAAAAAGUUCCAUUCGAUCAUAUAUUUUUAAGUUAAUGCUAAUGUUCGAUGUUGAAGUAUAUAAGUUAU